GACUGACGCUGAGCGACUACGUGAAGUGGGAGGAGUGGUGGUACAAGUACCAGGAGUGGCUGAAGAGGGAGCGCGCCUACGAGCGCUGGGCUGAAGGCGAGGUGGGAUCGGUGAGUCUAUUGUUUUCUAUGCGUCGACUAUAAUGGUUUAAGAUUUCGUAUACCGAACUAUAAUCGCGUACUUUUCAUGUAUGGGUAUCAUCAACUCAACUAUAAUAUUCAUUUCGAUAUGCUGUAGUGAACUAUAAAAAAAUGACAAAUCACUUGCCGCCGCGCUCUCAUAUAAAAUACUAAACGAACGUGGGGCGGAAAUAAAUAGACGCGCAUUUAUGUUUUUUGCACUACAUUUUUGUCUACUG